AUGGUUCAGAUGGACCCACAUGGUGACAGCCAGGCACAGGGAGAGGAGGCUCCAUGGUUCAGAUGGACCCACAUGGUGACAGCCAGGCACAGGGAGAGGAGUCUCCAUGGUUCAGAUGGACCCAUAUGGUGACAGCCAGGCACAGGGAGAGGAGACUCCAUGGUUCAGAUGGACCCACAUGGUGACAGCCAGGCACAGGGAGAGGUGGAAACGGGAGCAGCUAUGUCGUCUCUAGUAGUCCUUUAGCUGGCUGGCACUAGUGUCCUCCUGGGUGAUGUCUAGGGGAAUGAAGGAGAUGUUCUGAGGGAAAGGGUUUGUCUGUUGAGCCCGGAGGAUAAUGGCUUCGUCCAGGUCAAAGCCCAAGAGCCGGAGAUCAGUGCCGGUGCUGUAACCUCUUCAGACUGGGCCCUCUGCUGGAGGUGUCUGUACAAUGCCACUGUCAGGUCCUGUGAUAUUACACACAGAUAAGACAAAAGACUUCAUUGGUGACAGACAUCUGACUCAAAGUAUUCAAUGACGGAUGAUGAAACUCAGUGAUUGUGGUGCUAGCUUGUGUGGGUGGUGAAUCAAUGUGUAAAGGCUGGCUAACAUGAUUUAGUCCGUUUCUGUGUCUUAAUUGCAGCCGAUGUCCAGCAUCAAUAUGGUUUCAAUGCAGUCUUUGCCAUACCCCAAAUCCUGAAUAAGUGUGGUCGAAAUUAGGCUUAGACGGUUCUCUGGUGGGUUGAAUGUGUAAUAAUGUAUAACAUUUCCGUAAAAUGCUGCACCGGGAUCAUCUUUUUCAUCCAGAACGUCACUCUCUGCUCCACAUGCUGCCAUCGCUAUGGAGUCGUUAAUAGUUACCACAGCUACAAAGUCAUAAACCCGGUAUAUUUCUCCAAUUUCUAUUCUUAAAAUUAGAUUUUAAACCUAACCUUAACCACACUGCUAACAUUAACCUUAAAUUAAUACCAAAAAGCAAAUUUUAGUUUUCAUACAUUUUUACGAUAUAUAGCCACGAUAUUACAUUUGUGUAAUAGUGGUAACUAGCGGAAAGAAACCGUCGCUGUGCUGACGAGUGCGGCAUCAAAAUAUGUCCGACUAGGAAACAUCGAUAGAACGUUGAUAGUCCUCCCUCUACUGAUUACUCAAGAACCGAAUGGACUUUCUGUCCCUCGCAAAACCUUGGUAUCAGUUACGAAAGGUGCAGUUAGGUAUUAGGCUAGGUGAGUGUUAACGUUGAGAGGGGUAUCAACAAUCUGACUGUCAUUCUCCAUUACAAAAAAAGGUACGCAACAAUGCAAUUUAGCUACAUAACAAUCAUCUGAAACGGGAAAACCACAGCAUUUUUUUAUUUAUUAGUUGAUAAAACGAAACGCUUGCUUGCUAAUCUUUAACUAGCCAAACGUUAGCUAACCUAACUAGCUAACAGUAACUAGCUAACUUUAGCUGGCUAAGUUCCAUCAGUGUCUUUAGGAUCAACCCCCGAUGAUAAUGUCAUCAGUAAGGGACAUGUUAGCAUAUUAUUAACUGUGAUAACCACCUUGUUAAGCACAUCAGUAAACAAGGAGAUUCAUGUAGCUAACCGUCGUUGUAACGUUGCUGGAGAACCUGCUCCGAGACCCACAUGUUUUUGGUUCCGCCAGGAACACCAUCACCAUGUUGACCGCUGCAAAGCGCCUCGCCGACUUCGGAUACCGGGGGUUUUCUGCCUCGAUGAUGCUGUUGACACUCUACGGAGGAUACAUGUGCACCAUGCGGGGAUACCGCUACAUGAACAAGCAGAAAGAGCUGCAGGUAGCGGCAGAAAACCAGGACGUGGAGGCCCUCAAGCCAUAG